AUGACAACGCGCUGGGGGUUCUGCAUUUCCCUCUUUUUCGAUCACCUCGGCGCUGUGCAAUUUACUCCAAGUUGCGCCCCACAACUGGACUUCUCUUUCUUGUCGCAAACGGAAGCAAGUGAUAGCGAAGUGCCUGCAGGAAAGGACGGCAAAAAAGAGAAGGAAAAAAAAAACGACACAGGAGAAGAUGAUUUGAAGGGGAAACAGGAGGAACAUGCGGUGCAGGAAACAAAUGGUGAAAAAAAACCAUCAAAUGAGGAGAAGAGUAAAAAGGAUGGCAAAGAUGACGCAUUCGACGACGAUAGUAUAGACGAGGGGGACGACGAUGAACCUGAUGGAGAAGACGACGAAGACGGGGAACCCAAAAACAAUUCCAAAAAAAAAAAAAAUGUAAAAGAAGACAAAGAGGGAAAAGAUAAAAAAGACAAGAAAAAAAAAACAAAAGGAGAUUUCGAUGAUGACGAAAAUUAUGAGGACGACGAAGAUGAUGAGAAGGAAAAUGAGGAGGAUUGGGGAGGGGAGGACGACGACGAAGAAGAAGAAACGGGAAAGAAGGCAUCACACAAAACAAAUAUUGGGAAACAACAAAAGGGAAGCAAAAAAAAUGAAGACAAACAUAAAAAAGAAAUAAAUGCCCAUGGAAGCAAUAAGAACAAGCAUGUAGAGCAUCACGAGGGGGAUAAGCACGACCAACAUCACGACCAAAAAACGCAUAACGCAAAUGAAAAACAACAGAGCGGUAAAGAAGCUAAUAACAACCAGUCUGCUCAUAAUAACCCAGAAGCAAAAACGAAUGCGCCAAAUGUAAAUAAUAAUGAACAGAGACAGCCUACAAGUGCGCCCCUGUCCAACGUGGCGCAAAAUGUAAUUCCAGUUUUAAGCGCUUCCAUACCGAAGAGAGAGAACCCAAUUUUACCCUACAACAAUAACGUAAAAAUAAACGAAGAUAUACACAUCCCUGAUGAUAUUAAAAAUGAUUUCAUGAAACUGCUAAGAAGUGUCGUUCAACUUAAUGUUCAGGAAGCCCUACACCAGGGGCACAUUCAUCACCCACAUGGUGAUCAGCAGAAAAACACCUCAGGCAUGCCCCCAACACUUAUGCAUGCUUCCCCUGGGCACGGAACAAACAACAAAACAUUUUUAAACAAAUUGAUAGACCAUUUUAAAAAAUAUCUGAUGUACUACUUAGGAGGCCUCGUGGUCUUUUUUGCCUUUACAUUGGCUAUGCAGUGUUCAGACGUAAGCGACAAAAAGAGAAAAAAUACUUCCAAAAGGGACAGAAGCAAAAUUACCAAUUAUCGAAGAGACAUUGAAAGCUGA